GCACCUUGCGCAACUGAAGCUCUUAAUUUCACCUCAUCUUGUGAAGCGACUGAGUUCAACUCAGAAUGUCUGUGUAAAGACCGUAGUUUCAUAGAAACCUACCGGAUUUGCGUUCGCGCUUUCUGUACCAUCGGGCCUCUAUUCGAGGCUAAGAAUGCAACAUGGACAUGGUGUGACUAUCCAUAUUCCGAUCAGCAGGGAUCGGUGGCAGGGAGAAUAAUCAUUGUCGGGGUGACCGCCAUCUUUUUCUUCUUGCGUCAGAUCGCCAAAGCCAUGAAGCUAUCUCAAUGGGGUCUAGAUGACUGGACUCUGAUACUCGGAUAUUUAUUCACUCUCUCUUUCGCGGUUUCAAAAUUCUACGGUUACGAGCUUGGCAUUGGCCGAGAUGUGUGGUCACUAUCCCACGACGAAAUCAACAGAUUCAUGCGGGUGUUCUUCGCUUUUGAGAUAAUUUACACCGUCAGCAUCGGCACACUGAAAGCAUCGAUCUUGUUCUUCUAUCUACGGGUUUUCAACCUCGUCAGUCCCACCUUCACGAUGAUUCUAUGGUGUACUCAAGCUUUCAAUAUUCUCAACUGUGUCGCCUUCACAAUUGCGAAUCUGAAUCAGUGCAAGCCUUUCUGGUUUGCCUGGGAAGGCUGGGACGGGCGACAUCCUGGGUACUGCGUUAACCUUACCGCCAUGCUGGUAUCGCACGGGGCAAUCAACAUCGCUUUGGAUGUCUGGAUGUUGGUUUUGCCCGUAACACAGGUCCUGUGGUUGAAUCUGCGGAAACGACAGAAGCUAGAGAUCCUGUGCAUGUUUGGAUUGGGUAUCAUCAUCACCAUCGUCAGUGCUAUACGUCUGAGAGUGUUGUUGAACUUUCGAAACUUUACAGAUCCGACGUAUGACGCCUUUUGGCUACACAUGUGGUCAUAUGUUGAGCUUUCUGUCGGUAUCAUUGUUGCUUGCUUGCCAUCUGUACGUCAGCUAUGGCGUGACCUUGUCCCGAAGUUCAAGAGGAAGAUCGGGGUUAACCCGCCGUCACAUGCAUCAACAAUACCUGAAGGAUCUGCGAGGAGACUUAAAGAUAUCCAUUCACUUAAUGGAGACCAGCCGAGUCCCACGAGUGGAAGUGCUUUCAUGUCAACGGCGUCAUCGCCAGCACGGACACGAAGUGGUAAUACAGUUUAA